CGCCUGUCUCUACUGAUUCGCCCCAAGUUGUAUGCAGUUCUUACUCUUUGGACACGAGAUACGGCGACAAGUCCACCUGCCCACGAUUCAUCGUCAUAUACGCCCUAUACUACAAACUAUUGUACGACCUCGGCUGACAUCUGUCGCUCAACCACGCCUUCGUCCGCCAAUGCUACAGCAACAGCUCACACUCUCUACCGACACAGAGGGGAAAACAUUGGGGCUGAAGAAUCCCGCGACUGGCACUUCCGCUUCAAGCAAACACAGCCGGAACAUCAAGGAUGAUGGGCGUGCGAGUCUGAAUGGGUCCGAGAACGGAGCAAAAGCACAAACUGGAGAGGGUAGAGGUCUCAAGCGAUCUCCACCCGAUGGCAACGGAGCCGCGUUUCCAAAAUCCAAAAAGCACAAGAAUGCGUACGAGAUCAAGGGCAAAAUAGCUACGGUGGAGGAUGCUGCGAGGAUGGACGAGCGUCCGCCUAUGGUCCGGCUGCAACAGGCGCUCAAGGUACAGGCGGACAGCAACCAAAACAUUGAAAGGGGCGAGAGUGUGGUCUAUUGGAUGAGGAUGGAAGAUAUGCGCAUCGAAGACAAUACUGCCUUACGAAGAGCUUCGGAAAAGGCCAAAUCGCUCGGCGUACCCCUACUUACACUCUUUGUCAUAAGCCCUGGUGAUUAUGAAUGGCAUGACAGGAGCUCAAGGCGGAUCGAUUUCAUGCUUCGAAAUCUUCGCUAUGUCCAGCGUCAACUCGACAAUCUGGAUAUUCCGCUCGUGAUCAAGUCUUGCGAUAAGCGGCUAGCUAUUCCCCGGCAAAUCAUCAAGAACGUCCUUCCAUCACUGUCGUCCCAUCAUCUUUUUGGCAACAUCGAGUACGAAGUGGACGAGCUCGUUCGGGAUAUCAAGACGGUAGAGCUGGGCACUGAGAAUGGUACAGAGGUAAAGAUGUAUCAUGAUCGACUCGCUGUACCGCCGGGCAAGAUAUUCACGAAAGCAGGCAAGCCCAUGUCUGUUUACAGCCCCUGGCAGAGAGUAUGGGCCAGGGUACUGGAAGAAGAACCGCAACAUCUCGACAUGUCACCGUUACCCGACGCCAACGACGCGAGCAUCCGCGAGAAUGCUCAAUUCUCUCAGCUUUUCCACACCCAAGUUCCGGACAGUAUCGCCAAGUUUGAGUGCAAAGAUGCGGACUUUAUGGCUGAAAUAUGGCCAGAAGGCAUUGAUGCUGCUAAAGAGUUUCUUGAUCGAUUCUUGCAUACCAAAGCCCAAAAGUCCCAAUUCCAAGAUACUUCUCCUUUGGCAUCCAAGGUUGAGCCAGACGAUAAAAAGGCCCGGGUCCAGAAUUAUACGACGGGGAGGAAUCUUGUCGACGGUGAUAAUAGCUCAAAGCUCAGUCCAUAUCUUGCGAGCGGUGUCAUCAGCGUACGUCAGGUCUUGAACACCGUGAAAAAGCUUUGUCCGGGUGGCAAGUUGGAGAGUGGGAGGGAUACGGGGGUCGGCAUGUGGGUGCAAGAAGUUGCUUGGAGGGAUUUCUACAACCAGGUCAUGGCGAGUUCACCCCGUGUUUCCAUGGGCAGGCCAUUUCAGGAGAAAUACGCCGACGUACAAUGGGAAACGUCCGAGGCCGACUUGCAAGCCUGGAAAGACGGAAAGACUGGUUAUCCUAUAGUCGACGCGGCGAUGCGAGCGUGCAACGCCCGAGGUUGGAUGGAGAAUCGGGUUCGGAUGGUGGCCGCGUGCUUUCUGGUCAAGGAUCUCAUGUUGGAUUGGCGUGAGCCCCAUUUGCCUGCUUGGUCCGCUGCACUGACACAGUCUAGGCUUGGGAGAACGCCAUUUCAUGAAGAGCUUCAUAGACGGGGAUUUAGCUGCCAAUAACGGUGGUUGGCAAUGGGUGGCCAGUACCGGGACUGACCCUCAACCUUACUUUAGGAUAUUCAACAGCAUCACGCAGUCGGAAAAGUGCGACCCCGACGGGACUUAUAUCCGUCAUUGGGUUCCAGAGCUCAAGAACAUCAAGGGUAAGGCGAUCCAUGAUCCCUACCACCACAUGUCCUCCAGAGAAUUCGCCAAGUUGGGAUACCCAGCGCCGAUCGUCGACCACAAGAAGGCGCGAGAGCGAGCCCUGUUUAGGUACAAGCAUGUUGGGGAGAUUGAAGAGUAGCGUGGGCCAUAGAGGAACUGUAUGAAUAGCAAUGCUGAAGAGGAGGCG